AAGAGUUAGCCUUAAAGUUUUAAAAUAAACUUUAAACGGCUUGUAUCACUUUUUUUUUUUUUUGAAAAAUGAAGAAACCGAACCCAACCAUACAAAAUCUCAUCUCAGUAUAGUGGUUAGAGACUAAGAUAAUAAAAUAUUUUAACCAACUGGACGAAACAUUCUUAUCGAAAUAUGCCCUUUCAUUUACCAAUUCUUUUCUGGCAGCCUAGCGUUUCUAGCAAAUGAUGUCCCUGUUGGAAGUUAUUUUAAAAAGAAAAAAAAAAAGAAGAUGGUAUUUAUGACAGAAGCAAGGUCCCUGAAGUUUUUUUUUGUUGUCGAUGCUCGUCUUUUUAAAAUCAAGUGGUAUGCAGAUUUGAGUCAUUCCGGAGAGACGUUCUGUCCGGCUAAGUCUGAUGAUAUAUAUGGGAAAAGAGAAUACCACUGCUUCUCACCUCCUUAGCAAAAUAAUCUAUACGCAAAUUCCUAGUCGUGGAUAAUGCGAGUGAUGCUGAAGUCCGAAAAGCCGGUUUGUAGAAAUCAAAAUGAGACUAGCUUGAAGGUUAAAGCCGUUCAGUUGGUGAGGUUAGCAAUCAUGUCCAUCAAAACAAUCCGUCUUCAUAUGUAUUAUGGUGCAAUGUAAUUCAACUAAACAUGACAUCACCCAUAUGGUUGAUAGACUUUUACGGCACCUUUGAAAUCCAAAUCUUUCAACUCUCAUUUGAUUGUUAUAGAACCAUCCUAGUCCACUGACUCUGCCAUCACAUUUGUAUUGUGUGGUACCAUUGCCAAACCGGUUUCCCGAGAGGAGUCAGAACUCUCAUCUUCUCAGUUAAUUCGUGAAUUGUGGAUGGGAUAUUCAUUGUCUAGAAAAAGAAUUUCACCAGAGAAAACUGAUAUUAUGUUUGGAACCAUUCUUACAAGCAAACAACUAGCUCAUCAACGUAGAUAACAAUGUCUAAUACAAUAUAUCUAUAUAUCUUUAUCUCUUACUUUAAAAUUCAAUAUUUUGAAGUCAUCGAACUCAAGAAUCUAUAUGUUUAUUCUUUUCUUUUUUUGACUAAACUAUAUGUUUAUUCUUAUUUGUCUAUUUAUACCUUAUCAUUUACCUAUUUUAUGUAUAUCAGGAUUUUGUCAGGGUCGGAAUAUCUAGUUGUUUAUAUAAAUCUGAUUAACUCUUUCCUCGUCAACGAACAUGUUGUUGUCACUAAACUGGGAACUAUAUACAAACAAAUUCGUGCUUUCCUUUAAUUACGUAUACUGACCAUGUUUUAUGUAUAAAUAAACCACAUAAUUUGCAUAAAAUAGCCUAAAGUAUAGUUUGUAGCUUAUACGAACGAACAUGGCUAAAUGUUUUCUACCUCUUAUUCCUUUAUUCUUGAUUGUUCUUCUUCUUGCCGUCGCCGUUACAGAAUCCAAAGCAUACUCAACAACAAAGCCGUUCGAAGGACAUAAGCCGGAGAAACUCACUCACCUCCACUUCUACUUCCAUGACGUAAUCACCGGCGACAAACCAACUGCCAUAAGAGUCGCUGCGCCCCCUGGAACAAACUCCUCCGAAGUCUCAUUUGGUGUGGUUAUGAUCGCCGACGACCCGUUGACAGAGGGACCAGACCCGAGCUCGAAGGAAGUCGGUAGAGCUCAGGGGAUGUAUGUAUCGACGGACAUGACCAUGUUAAGCUUCACAAUGGUCUUUAACUUGGUGUUCACGGAAGGAGAGUUUAAGGGGAGCACCGUAGCUAUGUAUGGACGGAAUCCGAUAAUGUCGAAGGUGAGAGAGAUGCCGAUCAUCGGAGGCACCGGGGCGUUCAGGUUUGCUAGAGGCUACGCACAAGCCAGAACUUAUAAACUUGUUGGUUUAAAUGCCGUGGUUGAAUACAAUGUAUUCAUUUGGCAUUAAUUAUAUGGGAAUUUGUUUAUGUGAUUUGAGAAUGAAUUGUUUCACUGUUGUUUGUUGUGGUUGUGUCGUCGGUGUUGUCGUGUGUAAUUUGGUGAGUU